GCAGACCGUGGUCUUACAUAGCUCUGCAGCCGAGACACAUCAACCGGGCACUUGAAAAUGAGAUCGCCAAGGUCUACAGAAAAAACGUCAGGGUGAGAUACAGCAUAUGAAAUGAUUCGAGUCGAGGCGGAUAUGUAAGGUUCUCGAGUCGAUGUUUGCACUCCUGCUUGAGCCUGGAUGCCCUCCCUCAUGGAGAUGAAGCAGCAGUGUAACGGGAUUAAAUAAGACGGACUCUGGGUGUCGAAGCAGUUAUGACAGCAGCGGUUUCUGACGAGAGACAACCAAUAGAGAGACGGCGCAUUUCGGUGUUGGAAAGAAUGCUUCGGCUUGCGGAUUCCUUGUCAGAAGCGGCCCGGAGAUGAGGCAGCGUAAGUACAGCACAGUCACGACAUCAGUGUUGUGCGAAAGCGGCAGGAAGGACAGAGAGCCAUCCCCCGUUGGAGUGAGCCAUGUUUCGUGGAUCUCUUAUCACGGCACAUCAUGUUCACUUUCUUGCUUACUCGAUACAGCUAUUCAUCUGCAGGCAGACGGCCCGGUAGAGAAAGGCGAUGCAGAUAGGACAACAUAGUAAGCCGCAGAAUUAUUCCGAGUCAAUCCCCAGCUGUUCGGGUCCGGGUCCUGGCUUGAAAGAGAGGAGAGUCAAUGGUUUCCCAAAGUCGCUGGAGAUGCGAGACGGGUAGUUAUCAGGGGCAAAGACUGUGGAGCUGUAGCAUAAGGUAUAUCAAACAGCAGGGCUAGAAAGUGGUUCUGUUUGCCGGGUUUCCUCAGCCAAGUCCAUGUCUUCCUUGAAUUCCCAGCCACAGCGGGUACUGAGUGAGUGGUCGCAGUAGUGCAUCCCCACGUUCGAGCCGGUCAAGAGCAAAUUGAGCUGGGCCUUCUCUCGCUCUGAGCGCUUUGAGGUACAGAUGAAGAUAGAUUGAUGAUUGAGGGCGUCGACAGCACAUCGCCACGGAGAACAGGAGGGGAGCUGGGGAGGAUUACGUCUCUUUCCAUUCACCCCUGACUGACCAGACUAUAGAAGCAUAGGGAUGAGAAAGAUGCCGGACGUGAGGAUCCAUGAGGCGGGUCAGGAAUGGAUUGUAAACCCGGAUUGCACAGUAUUCAAUGAUCAUGCAAGAUGGGAGAGACGAAUGUGACCCUCUCGUCACACUCACUCAAUCACUGUGACGUUGACGUCGACAAUUCUGCUCUUGCACGACCUCCUAGUCCGGCGCCACCAAUCACGGAUAGUCUCACUCGAACCAAGACUUGAACAUCUGUCAUCCGACAGUGUCAAGAUACUUUUCCGCCCCGCCCUCCUAUCGUGUCAACUACCCCGCCGAUCUCCCAAUCCCCCUAUGGCAAACUUGCGAUGAACGCUCAUACCAUGACUCCGAGCGGGCCAUCGACCUCUGUCCAACACGAUUGCAUCGACCCAGAACCCUCGGAAACUGUCUCGACUCGUAUCAACGCUCUCCUGCGCACCUCAGGCCCCGGCCACACGAUACGGCUGUGUCCGCGAAAACGAUAUCUGCUUGACCAACCGCUGGUGUUCGGCGCUGAGAACCAGGAAAUAUGCACUUUGGGAUAUCCUACGGGCGACGACCGAGCGACGCUCGUCGUGAGCGGACCUUCGGGUGAACACAGCGUCGCGGUGGAUGGGACGCGUCCUGGGUGCGCCGGGUCUGUGUUACGCAACGUCCAGAUUGAUGGUAAUCGCGGGAGUUCCGUUCCCGCUCGGGAGGGCUCCGGGGCGAAUAUCGUAAUGGGCGGCGUGAACGACCAUCAGGUCGUGGAAUACGUGCGGUCGUAUAACCCGCGCGGCUGGUCCUGCUUGCACGUCACGGAGGGUCCGCUUAGUUGUAGGAAUGCGACGAUACAGAAUAACGACAUCGGUCCGUGUGGUGUGGACAUCGAGGACGAAUGGGCGGACGGGAUCAGCAUCAGCUGCCAGGACAGUGUCGUGCGCGGCAAUCGAGUGCACAACCCGUCCGACGGCGGCAUUGUCGUGUUCUCGCCCGGCACGGAGGUUUACAACAACACGAUUUGGGUGACGAACCAAACUUUAUUGGGCGGAAUCAAUCUGGUCGAUUAUCUUCCCUGGGGAGGGGACCUCUCGCGGACGGUCGUGCGCGAUAACACAAUUGUUGGGGGGUUUCGGAUGGAUGACUCGUCAGAACUGGGCAUCAUCAAAAUCGGCAUAGCGAUUGGCCCGAGGAUAUGGUUCGGUGCACAAGCUUACCAGAAUGUCACGACAUCCGGGACCGUUAUUCGCAAUCGGUUUUCAGGCGCUUUCAUGUAUGGAAUUGCCAUAAGCUCAGCGAACAACUUUGUCGUCCAGGAAAACGCCUUUUUCGACAAUUACACGUUCAUUGGAGGGCCGGGACCGGAGUGCGAGUACAGUGGGGACAUCGUACCUGCUCCCGCUCCGUUCAUAUAUGAUACAUCUGCAUCCGAAAACACACUCCAGCCGGGGUUUGAAGCUGUUGCCACGGGUGAAUUGCUGACAUGCAUGCUUGCCCCUGCCGAGUCGGUUUACUGGCCUGUGGGAACCUCCCCAGGCUCGUCCGCAGUCGCCCGCGCGUUUCGGGAUACUCCGACAUCAUCCAGCUGGACUCUUCGCGGGCUACUUCUGCUCUUUUGUUUCAGCUGCGUGGCUUUGUAUGCAUUCAAGGGAAGGACGCGGGGGAUAAGAGUCCCCAAGCGCAAUAGAUCCUAUCCAGGACUGGAAUCACCUGUGGCUGAAGUCUUGGCACGGCGCGUGUAUGCUCGAGACCUUCACUUGGAGAAAAGGAGAGCCUUCUGACAUUGCCCAGGCUGGUCAGAUUGUACACAGAUGAUCAUUUUCACUAGACUUAGAACUUAGACGUAACAGCUGUAUUACUAUGCCCAAAAUCAACGUUGGCGGCGGUGCAUUAAACCCGACUUCGUAAAGAAGCAUGGGCAUGUGCUAGCACCUUAUUGCCCGCGUCACCCACUUUGCUCUUGACCCUACAUACCAAAAAUGCAAGCAUCCUUGGGAUCCCUAUCUGUGCGGGGCUGCUGCCACUUGGAGGCGCUGCCUGAAUGGCAGAUGGAGCGUCAAUCGGCAUGUGUGAUCGGGGUGUAAAAUUAGCCAAGAUUGACCUUCACUUCCUGUCUCUGUUCUCCACCUUCAUCCUGCCCGCGUCCCUAGGACUCGCCAGGGCCCUUUCCCCGCCCUUUCGUCUUCUGCCCUGCGACACCGCCCUUCCGUUCUCUACGCUCCUUUUGCCCAAACCCUGAUAGGCACCAUGUCCCACCGUUUUACGCGACACGGUCAACACGAUUCUGAGCUAGUCGAGUUCAGAAGCGACUCUGUGGAACGGCGAGACGCCUGCGUUAGUCCGGACCCGGCCAACACCGUUGCAGAUCGUAUCAACACGCUCCUGAACUCCUCAGGGCCAGGCUACACGCUCAGCUUGUGUCCCGGCAGGGAGUAUGUGCUCCAAGACACCCUCCGCUUUGCUGCGCCAGGCCAGGAGAUCAGCACCACAGGGUAUCCCACCGAUAACUCGCGCGCGUUGUUGACUGUGAACGGAGUGGUGCAGAACGGCUCUGGAAUGACUACUGCCGUCGAUGGAACAUGUGCUCAGUGCUCGGGGAUUGUGCUGCGAAACAUUCAGAUCAACGGAGCCAGAGGGAACGCGUCUCCGACGAACGGCGGGGCGAAUAUCGAGUUUGGCGGUGGAAACGCUAACCAGACUGUCCAAUUCGUCAGGUCCUUUGACCCGCGCAGUUGGUCGUGUCUGCACAUCGCAGAGGGUCCCUUCACCUGCACGAAUGUCACCAUUCAAAACAAUGACAUCGGGCCCUGUGGGACGGACACCUUCCAGGAGUGGGCAGACGGAAUCAGUGUCAGUUGUCAGAACAGUGUCGUGCGGAACAACAUGGUGCAGGGCCCGACGGACGGCGGGAUCGUCCUCUUCGGUGCACCUGGAACACAGGUAUAUAACAACACGGUCUGGGUCACAAACCACACGUUAUUGGGCGGGAUCAAUCUCGUAGAUUACGACCCGUGGCAGGGGAACUACACCGGCACCGUGGUUUACAACAACACUAUUCUCGGCGGUUAUGCGACCAGUCCAGAUGACAAUUCGAACACCAAAGGAGUCAAUGCUGCUGACGCUGUUGUCAAGAUCGGCAUCGCAAUUGGCCCACGGACUUGGUUCGGUCCCAGAUAUUUUAACAAUGUCAGCAUCAACGGGGUGGUCCGAGACAACCGGCUGUCUGGCGCAUUCAGCUACGGAAUUGCCGUGAGCUCGGCGGUCGGCUUCACGGUAGAGAACAACGUGCUGUUCGGCAAUACCUCGUUCAUUGGCGCUUCCGGUCCCAAUUGCUCGACUUUGGAUAUUGUGCCCACGCCAGCUCCAUUUGUCUUCGAUAACUCGACCUCGAAUGACAAGUUACAGAACGAUUUCCAAUUUAUCGCGGAUGCGGGCUCAUUAACUUGCGUCCUCCCCCCAUCUGGCGGAGAUUUCUGGCCCUACGGAGGCGAUCCUGGCUCGUCGUCUUCUGGAUCGUCACCUAGUGCCGGUCAAAGUGGAUCGCAAUCCACGUCGCAUUCCAAAGGAUCUACUGCCGGCGUCGUUGUUGGAGUCAUCUUCGGUCUCGGAGCCGCUGCUGCUGUACUUUGGUUUAUGCGCAAGUGGGCACUCCGACGGAUGGAGCAAAAACGCCUGUUCAACUCCAGCAAGGAGAUGGUACCGGGUCAGGGUCCUGGGUAUGUCAAGUACGGCUAGUCGUCUUGACUCAGCUCACCACUUUGUCCUCAAGUUCCCCGACAUUCAUACCCGAGUCAAAACUCGCUCACUAACUCCGCACUAACAUUACUAUAUUUAUGUAUCCGCUUCCGCUUGGACCCAUGUAGAACAUUGCAUUUAUCGUACAUCCUUAGAGACAUCACAUCCUACAUCUGUUCUGCAUUCACCUAUACAUUCACUGUCCUUCAGACGCUCGGACUCGGAGCUUGACGUCGAGCAAGAUAUCAAUUAUACAGUGAUCACCUGACUGAGAUCCUUUUGUCCCGACCAUUAGGACAUUCUGCUGCACAUAACUGCGGACUUCGACCGCAACUCACACACAAAGAACACCAGCACGUCGGCUUGUCUCAUUAUGGCCGCGAACAAAAAAUAUCUGGGAGUUACGCCCCCCAUCGCCACAACCGAGUCGAGCGAGCGGGAGAAAGAAGUGACGCAGACGCUCAUGGAGGAGCUCCGGACGCAAAAUACAUUCGAGACGGAGGAGGAAUCGCGCAAGAGGGAACUGGUUUUGGGCCGUGUGGCCGCGCUGGUGAAAAAGUUCGUCAAGAAGGUCUCUAUGGCGAGAGGGCUCUCGGAAACUGCGGCGAUUGCGGCGGGCGGCAAGAUCUUCACGUUUGGAUCCUACCGGCUCGGUGUGCAUGGACCCGGGUCGGAUAUCGACACGCUGUGCGUCGUUCCGAAGCACGUCUCGCGAGACGACUUUUUCGACGUCUUCGAGCCAAUGCUCAAGGCCAUGGAUGGCGUUACGGAGGUUUCGGGUGUCCCUGAAGCUUACGUGCCCGUUAUCAAGGCCAAAGUUUCGGGUAUUCCGCUGGACUUUCUAAUGGCCAGGCUAGCCUUGUCCUCAAUACCCGAUGACCUUUCGCUACGAGACGACACGCUGCUACGAAAUCUGGAUGAACGAUGUGUACGGAGUCUGGGAGGCUCUCGGGUGACCGACGAAAUCUUGAGGCUGGUUCCCAAUGUCGAUGUGUUCCGAGACUCGCUGAGGUGUAUUAAAUUAUGGGCUCAGAGGAGAGCCAUCUAUUCUAAUGUGAAUGGCUUCCUGGGUGGUGUUGCAUGGGCUAUGCUCGUCGCCAGAAUAUGCCAGUUAUAUCCUAAUGCUGUCGCUGGAGCGAUAGUCAGCAGGUUUUUUAUAAUAAUGUACCGAUGGUCAUGGCCUCAACCUGUACUACUCAAACAAAUCGAAGAAGGACCAUUACAGGUCCGAGUAUGGAAUCCCAAGCUGUAUCCCGCGGAUCGAUCACACAGAAUGCCGAUAAUAACGCCAGCAUAUCCUGCAAUGUGUUCUACUCAUAAUGUGACAGCGUCGACUCAAUUGAUCAUGACGGAGGAGUUUAAGAAAGCUGCCGACGUGGUGGACCGAGUGAUCGUGGGCAAAGCGGACUGGUCUAAGCUCUUCGCCAAGCACGACUUUUUCCACAAGUACCGAUAUUACCUGCAAGUGAUCGCGUCGACGGGGAACUCAGAUCUACAAAUCAAGUGGGCUGGCACUGUAGAAUCUCGAAUACGACAGUUGGUGAUGAAGCUCGAGUAUGUCGACUCGCUCAUUCUGGCGCACCCCUUCACGAGAGGCUUUGAGCAAACUCUGUACUGUUUCACGGAUGAGGAAGUGCGGCAGGUCGCGCUAGGCGAGAUUUCGGAUGCUGUUUUGAAGCGCAAGAAGGAAGAGAUGGACGGAAGAGACACCGGUAGUGUGGUCUAUUCCACAACUUUCUACAUCGGGCUUGCUAUCGAACCGAAGCAAGCGGGUACUUCCGGACCGAGACGCUUAGACAUUUCCUAUCCCACACAAGAGUUUAACAAACUCGUCAGGAUCUGGGAGAAGUUUGAUGAAACGUCGAUGAGCGUUGUAGUGCAACAUAUCAAGAGCUCGGCAUUGCCAGACUAUGUGUACGAGCCAGGAGAGAGACCACCCAAACUCGUCCAGAAGCGAUCCAAGGGACCCAGUAAAUCCGACGCGACUUCCCCGGAGAUGCCGGAUCCCAAACGCCGCCGAUCAUCACAUUCACAUCCAGUUGCGCCGAGAACAGAAACGGACUUGCUGCGGUCGGCCAUCGACACUGCCGGCGCAUUUGCACCUAAAGAUGUGCGAGAUGUGAUCCGGUCGCCUCAACUGCCUUUCAACGAAGUCGCUCCUGCAAAGGGGGCUCUGUCGGCUCAAUGAACCUCUGCUGCAAACUUGUUAUCUCCUCAAGCUCUUUCUGCCCUGGAGCGCUAUGCUUGCCUUGCUGCUCAUCAUUUCAGGACUUUGAGCGAUAAAGUUGGUCAGCGUCCCAUUUCUUUGUUAUCUGGUCCUCCCUAUUAGUACUUUGAGUUACUUAGGAAUAGCAAGGAUUUUGAUCCCGC